AUGCCGCUCGGCCCCUUCGCAAGGCGUCUUUCCCCCCCGCCGCCAAAAAUCACCGUUGACGGUAUUUUCCAGUCCACGAAGAAACUGUUCCUGAGCGAGCGAGCGGGUCGGGGUCGGACGCUGGAAUUCAUCCGGAAAAACGCCGCUAACGGGCUCUCCGUGGCCAAUCUGGUGGCGGGGCUCUCCUCCGUCCUCUGCAGCCUCAAUAGGUGCCGCCUCUGGUGCUGGCUGCUGCUGGUGGGGUUUCGGCUCGAUCUGGCCGACGGAGCCGUCGCCCGACAGCUCGACGCCUGCUCGGCGCUGGGUGCCAAACUGGAUGAUUUCGCCGACUUCACCACCUUCGGGCUGGCCACGGCUCUGCUGCUGCAGCCGCAGGGCGUCCUGGGUGGGCUGCUGGCCAUCGCCUACGUGAUGGCCGUGUUCGCUCGCCUGUGCUUCUUCUCCAGUGGGAUCCCCUUCACCUACCGGGGGCUGCCCUGUCCCUACGCCUCCUCGCUGCUGGCGGGGGGAGGUGACGUCACCCUGCUGCGCGUCACCGCCACCGUCAUGAUCCUCUUCAUGGUCGAUCGGGGUUUCUACCCCCACGACAAGGUGCUGGAGUCCCAGCUCUGGAAGAAACUGGUUUACGCCGGAGGGGUGGCGGCCGUCGCCUUCUCGCCGGCGGUGGUGGCUUCCGUCUAUUGCCUCGCCUGGUCGACGUCCUACAUCGUCUUCCCCUUCGCCAUCUGGAGCUGCAAAGCCUAA